AUGCCCGGGCAAGUUGUUCUAGACGAAAAAAUUAUUGGUUUUGAAUUAUCAGCACACAAAAAACAGUAUAAAUGGACGUCUGAUACGAAUAAACGAAAACGAGAUGAUAAUGAUCAAAAUGAAGAGGAUGAUGAUAGCGAAUGUGAAAUACCAACAUUACAAAGAUAUUUACUUAUUCAUAGUGCUGUUAUCGGUGUUGGUGCAAAAGCUGAUCAACGUAAUCUUAUUCAUUUGAAAGUAACUGAAGGUGACAAAGUAGUAUUAGAUCAGCCAAUUCUAGCACUAACGUUAAAUAAAAAUGAUUCGUUAAAUAACCUUGGUUUUCGUAUUCAUAUUUAUGAAACAACCGAAGUUACAUUUAAAUUAAUUGAAGGCGAUGGUCCAAUAUUUGUUAUGACAUCAAAAAUUUUAGAACCACCAUUCGAUUUGUCAACCUAUAGUUCGGAUGAUGAUCUCGAUGAAACAUCAUCAAUAUUAGACGAUUUUAAUGAAGAAGAGAACGGUAAUAAUCGAGCUGGUGGAGAUGAUAAUAAAGUAUCAAAACAAUCAAAACAAAAUAAAACAAAAAAAACGAAACAACAACCAACACCUUCAUCAGCCACACAAUCAUCAACAAUAACACCAGCGGAAACACAAAAGAAGAAGCGAAAAAAGAAAUCAGAUGAUGAAUAA